AUGACUUUGGAUCCAUUUUUUCGUCGUAUGACCAUGAUUGCUGGUGUAUUCGCAUUCAUGGGUGUUGUUCUUGGUGUUGUAUCAUUAGCUACUAAUUACUGGACAAUGGAAUAUGAAUUUCAACCAGGUAUGCCAAUGAUGAUGAACCACCAAAAUACCACAAUGCGCUGGAAUGGUUUAUUUUAUCGAUGUAUGUCAGGUGAAAAUCAAUGUGUGACAAUGUUCUGGCGUACAACUUUUAUCUUAUGUCUAUUGGGAAUGAUAUUUAUGUUUGUUGGUGGAAUCUUCUCAGUAUGGGAAAUGUUCCAAACCAGUGACCGACGAUUCUUUAUCCCAAUGUUAUAUUUCGUUGCUGUUGUUAUGAUGACAGCUGGUCUUUUUGAUUACGGUUCAUAUCAACGUAUGAAUUAUCAUUCAUCACGUUGCAUGGUUGCGGCUGUUGUCUUCGGUUAUGCGGCUUUACCUAUGUCAGCUUUCAUUGCUGGUCGAUAUUCUGCUUAUGACCGAUAUGUUAACAAUGGUCAUGUUAGCAAUGGACAAAAGUAUGUUCCUGCUGCAACAAAUGGAAAUUAA